UUGGCCACCGCAGCCAACUUCACUUAUUAUUCUACUUCACUUCUUGUUGCGGUUCUGCGGGGUACUGCAAUGAGGUAGAGAGAGAAUGGGGGGAGUGACCUCAUCAAUGGCGGCGAAGCUGGCCUUCUUCCCACCUAGCCCGCCUUCGUACGAGCUAGUCACGGAGCCGGUAACGGGGCUGACUACGCUUAGUCGGUUCCCACACCGAGAAAAUGUGGAGGUGAUGCAGUUACCCACGCGACGGGGAACAGAGAUCGUUGCGAUCUAUAUCCGCAACCCGAUGGCCUCGUCGACGCUGCUCUACUCUCACGGAAACGCUACCGACCUCGGCCAGAUGUACGAGCUUUUCAUCGAACUCAGCAUCCACCUCCGCCUCAACCUCAUGGGGUAUGAUUAUUCUGGCUAUGGGCAGUCGUCUGGAAAGCCAAGUGAGCAGAAUACGUAUGCUGAUAUAGAGGCUGCUUAUAAGUGUCUUAGAGAGAACUAUGGUGCAAAAGAUGAAAGCAUUAUCAUGUAUGGGCAGUCUGUUGGAAGUGGACCUACUCUUGAUCUGGCGGCACGACUUCCCUCCUUGCGAGCAGUUGUUCUGCACAGCCCCAUUUUAUCUGGUUUAAGAGUUAUGUAUCCUGUAAAACGUACAUACUGGUUUGACAUCUACAAGAAUAUUGACAAAAUUCCGUUAGUCAGCUGUCCUGUGCUCAUAAUACAUGGAACAGCAGAUGAUGUUGUUGAUUGUUCUCAUGGUAAACAGCUGUGGGAGCUGUGUAAGGAGAAGUACGAUCCACUAUGGCUUAAAGGAGGAAAGCACUGUGACUUGGAGCUCUUCCCUGAGUACAUCAAACAUCUCAAGAAGUUCAUAUCAACUAUAGAGAAACCAUCUGUGCAAAAACACACUUACAGAAGAAACACUGACAAGUUUGAGCCUGCAAGGAAGAGCUCUGACUGUUUCGAACCGUCAAGGAAGAGCACUGACCGCAGGGAGAAAUUUCGAAGCAAUGAUAACAAGUUGAGCAGUAAAGAAAAGCACGAAAAACUCAAGUUCUCAUUUGACCACAUGGAGAAGUCCAGGAGGAGUGUGGAUUGCUUUGAAAAAUCUAGAAGAAAUACCGAACAUAUUGAACAAGCUAGGAAAAGUGUUGACCGAUUGGACAGAAUAUGGGCCGGGUAAAUCUUCUUCUUCCCUCUUUUGUUCAAAUAUACAUGAUUUUGGUUUGUGUUCGGAAAUUUAUUUGUCUUAAUUUGUGUGUAUGUGGGAGUUUCAUUAUAGUUGUUGGAAACAUGAACAUGUAAUUUGACAUAAUGGUCAGUAAAUUCAAUAUCAGAGAUUUUUUCUCAUGUU